CAAAGAUCUCUGCCGUCUGCGUCUUCGCCUCUUCCCGCCCCCCAAAAAAAGCAUCCCCCCCCCGCUCACUGCCAUGGUCGCCGCCUCGAACCUCGCCGCCUGGAAGGCCCUCCAGCACCACUACGACUCGGGUGCGAAGGAUCUGUCCAUCCUGUCGCUCUUCCAGCAAGAUCCCGCCCGCUUCGACAAGUUCAGUGCCUCCUUUACCGCUCCCGGCGAGUCGCAGCCCUCGAUCCUCCUCGACUACUCCAAGAACGGCAUCACCGAGGAGACCUUUGCCCUCCUCACCGAUCUCCUGCGUGAGGCCCGUGUCGAGGAGUGGCGUGACAAGACCUUCAACGGUGCCCUGAUCAACACCACCGAGAACCGCGCCGUCCUCCACAUUGCCCUUCGCAACCGCUCCAACCGCCCCAUCCUCGUCGAUGGCAAGGACGUCGUCCCCGAGGUCAACCGGGUCCUCGCCCAGAUGAAGUCUACCGCCGACCGCAUCCGAUCGGGUGAGUGGAAGGGCUAUACCGGCAAGAGCAUCACCGACGUCGUCAACAUCGGCAUCGGCGGCUCCGAUCUGGGACCCGUCAUGGUCACCGAGGCCCUGAAGCCCUAUGCCCAAGACGAUCUUCGCGUCCACUUUGUCUCCAACAUCGACGGCACCCACCUGGCCGAGGUCCUGAAGAAGCUCAACCCCGAAACCACACUCUUCAUUGUUGCCUCCAAGACCUUCACCACCAUCGAGACCAUCACCAACGCCACCUCGGCCAAGAACUGGUUCCUGCAGAAGGCCGGCGACAUUGCCCAUGUCGCCAAGCACUUUGUGGCUCUGUCGACCAACGCCAAGGCGGUUACAGCCUUUGGCAUCUCGGUCGAGAACAUGUUUGAGUUCUGGGACUGGGUUGGCGGCCGCUACUCGCUCUGGUCCGCGAUCGGCCUGUCGAUCGCCAUCUACAUUGGCUUCGACAACUUUGCCGAGCUCCUGCUUGGUGCCCACCUCAUGGACAACCACUUCCAGACUGCCCCGCUCGAGAAGAACCUGCCCGCCAUCUUGGCCAUCGUCGGUAUCUGGUACAACAACUUCCACGGAACCGAGACCCAGGCCAUCCUGCCGUACGACCAGUAUCUCCAUCGCUUCCCCGCCUACUUCCAGCAGGGCGACAUGGAGUCCAACGGCAAAUACGUUACCCGCGACAACGUGCCCAUCACCGACUACUCUACCGGCCCUAUCAUCUGGGGCGAGCCCGGCACCAAUGGCCAGCAUGCCUUCUACCAGCUCAUUCAUCAAGGCACCAAGGUCAUCCCUGCCGACUUCUUGGCCCCCGUCCAGUCCCAGAACCCCAUCGCGGACAACCUCCAUCACGAGAUCCUGCUCUCCAACUUUUUCGCCCAGACCGAGGCUCUGAUGAAGGGCAAGACCGAGGAGCAGGUCCGCGCGGAGCUCGUCAAGGAGGGCAUCCACGGCCAGGCUCUCGAGAACCUGGUCCCCCACAAGGUCUUCCGCGGCAACCGCCCCACCAACUCGAUCUUCUACCAGAAGCUGACUCCCCGCAACUUGGGUUCGCUCAUUGCCCUCUAUGAGCACAAGAUCUUUGUCCAAGGCAUCGUCUGGAACAUCAACAGCUUUGACCAGUGGGGUGUUGAGCUCGGCAAGCAGCUUGCCAAGGCCAUCCUCCCCGAGCUCUCGGGCGAUGCUCCCGUCCACACUCACGACUCGAGCACCAACGGACUCAUCAACUUUUACAAGCAGGCCCGCAAGCUUUAAUUCGCCCCUGCUGUUGCGUUUCCUUCACUUGAUCCACUGUUCUUGUCAGAACG